CCCAGAGAACAGUCUCCUGUCCCUUAUUGCCGCUGCUCCAUCGCAAAAUGAGGCUAACGCUAAUCUUGGCGAAGUUGGCUACUGCCAGCUAGCUAGUGCAGCAUAACCACCAGCCGUUAGCCACAGUUGUGUGACGACGUUUCGCUGAUCCUUCCCGGUUGUCCGUCGUGGGUCAUCGUCCGCGUGGAGAUAAUUGCCACUCUUUAGGAGGCGACGUUGGCGUUUAAACCUGCAAAGUUAACCAAGGCACCAGGCAGUAGAAACCGUGGUGGCAUGGAGGACACCUGAGGACGGGUGGACACGUUCAGUCGACUUCCAGGAGUCGGGCUGAUACCCCUGCAUGCAGUAGAUCUGUGAUUGGAUCCAGUCCAGCUGUCCACACUUAUGUACCCUAAAGCAACCAGUACUUUUGAAGCAUGGACCCGUGACAGAAAUGCUUUGCCGCACGGCCUUGAAGCAGGACUUUUUGCCUCUACCAUAGGCCGUAUGGUAUUCAAUUCACAGUUAAGCAGAGUGACAUUUUAGGAUCAGUUAUUCGUUCAACUGCACUGGUCAAAGAAAUGCACUGAGACUUGCACUGGACACAAAACGUUGCUCACCUCCUUGAGAGAAAAGCACCCUAAUGUUUACAAUUUUGGCUUUGAUCUCCCACCGCCCGGUCAUCACUCAGGCCUGAUUAUUAUCUCUCCCAUGUUAAGUAUUUCGUAAGUAUUUUGUCUUGGGGAAUUAAAACACUCUGCUCAGUACUGAACGGUGACCAGUGGAUUACACCGCAGCAGCAAUCAUAGCUAUUUGUGAACUAUUUGCACAGGUGGCUUAAGUUUUGGCUGCCAAACUACCAGUCAUGAGUGCCGGCGAGCUGCAACAUCUUGACUAUCUAAAUGAAAAUGAGCUAAUGGAGAUGGAUACUUUCAUUCAUCGCAUUGACUCUACAGAGGUGAUCUACCAGCCAAGGAGGAAGAGGGCAAAGCUGAUAGGAAAGUACUUGAUGGGAGAUCUGCUAGGUGAGGGCUCUUAUGGCAAAGUGAAAGAGAUGCUGGACUCGGAUACACUUUGUCGCAGGGCUGUCAAAAUAUUGAAGAAGAAGAAACUGAGGAGGAUUCCCAACGGAGAAGCCAAUGUGAAAAAGGAGAUUCAGCUACUAAGGAGACUCCAACACAAGAAUGUGAUUCAGUUGGUGGACGUGCUCUACAACGAAGAGAAGCAGAAAAUGUAUAUGGUGAUGGAGUAUUGCGUUUGUGGGAUGCAAGAAAUGCUGGACAGCGUCCCAGAAAAAAGGUUUCCAAUAUUUCAAGCUCACGGGUACUUUAGCCAACUCUUGGAUGGCCUUGAAUAUUUGCACAGCCAGGGAAUAGUUCACAAAGACAUUAAACCAGGAAAUCUGCUACUGACCACAGACGGAGCACUUAAAAUCUCCGACCUGGGAGUAGCAGAGGCCCUUCACCCAUUUGCAGAGGACGAUACGUGUCGCACCAGUCAGGGCUCGCCGGCCUUCCAGCCUCCAGAGAUCGCAAAUGGACUGGACACCUUUUCAGGGUUUAAAGUGGACAUUUGGUCCGCUGGAGUAACACUAUACAACAUCACAACGAGUUUGUAUCCGUUUGAGGGAGACAACAUCUAUAAGCUAUUUGAGAACAUUGGAAAAGGAGACUACACUAUUCCCGAGGAGUGUGGACCGCUUCUGUCGGACCUGCUGCAAGGAAUGCUUGAGUAUGACCCCGCAAAAAGGUUUUCCAUACAGAACAUAAGGAAACAUAACUGGGUGCGUAAGAAACACCCUCCGUCUGAGCUCCCUGUGCCCAUCCCUGCCAACGCGGAGAGCAGGGAUCCCUGGCGGAGUAUGACGGUGGUGCCCUACCUGGAGGAUCUCCACGGCUACACAGAGGAGGAUGAUGAUGACCUCUACGAUGGAGAGGAUGAGAUCAUAUACACUCAGGACUUCACAGUGCCAGGACAAGUGGCCGAAGAAGAUCUGGAUCAGGGGCACGAAGACCACAGUCCAGCUCUAACCAAGCCGUUUUGUGUAAACGGGACGGAGGGGGGGUCUUUGAAUAGCAAGGCCAAAGCCGAACGCCGAUCCUCCUCUUCAUCCAACCCCUCACGUAAAGGGGUCUCCACAGCCAGCAAGAUCCGCAAGCUCUCCACCUGCAAACAGCAAUGACCCCCCGCCCCCCCCCCCAACCAACCGCCUCUCCUCCCUCGGCAGCAACCCGCCUGGCUGGUCCGACCCCGUCCUUCUGUGCCCGGAGUCCUCACAGUUGUGAGAAUAACCCGCUGACGUUAAUACCCCCCUUACCUCCUUGGACCACUAGCCUGCAAAUUUUGAAGAUGCGGUAUGAGUGAUGGGGAGGAGGACAGCAUGAAAUGUUCUUUUUGCUCCGAGACUGAGGCACUGGCUGUGAUUUUUUUUUUUCUUCAUAUUUUUGCUCCUUUUAACUCUUGUCAUCUAUUAUCUAGUCAUUUCCCCUCUCCAUCCUCUCAGGAGGGCCAAGUGUUGCACCGGACGUUUUAAACACCAUCAACCCUGUACCCACACCCUCUGCCCCACCUUCUGUUUCUGUUACCACGUUUGUUUUUCCAAAAUCCUUUUGGCAUUUUUUAAAGACUCAUUGUGAAGUGUAAAAAAUUAAAGAGAAAAAAAAUAAGUUAUGAAUAAUUCUAUAUGUAAAUCUAUAAUGAUGUCCCUGGAAAUCAUAAUAGUACUCUACUACCACAAACAUAAAUAUAAAAACCUGCAUGCUGUACAGGGCUGAGAGAAAGGGACGGUGCUUUUGGGAAGGUUUGUGGACAGAUUGAAGCUUUGAGAUCCAACUGUUAGGGAUUUUUCAUUUCCAUUUAGGUUCUUUUUUUUUAAUGGAUAUUUUUUAAUUAUUAUUUAUAUAAAAUAUGUCCCAAACAGGCUAUUUUGUUGGAUGAUCCUUUUGUCUUUUUAACCUGCCUUCUACAAAGUUAUUAUUUGAUAGGACUACUACUCUCAUCUCACUCCAUCAGCAGCUAGUUUUUAGUCAGCUUCCGCUUCUAGGAUCUGACACAAUCCCCCAGUGGCCUGUUUCCCAGCGAUGCCGCUCUUUACUGCGCCAAUCACAUCAGCGGGAGCCCCGCCCCUCUCGUACGCAGCCAGGCCCACCGUCAUCCCCUCGCUACGAAUAGAUCAGAGAGCAGGUGAGUCAUUGCUCUGAGGGAGGGAGAGAGCAGCAGCUUCCCACGUCAGCAACGUCCACCGAGCGAGUCUCUGUUCAACCAAACACACACGAGGGAGGCUGAGGAGACGUUUCCGGACACCUUUUUUUUUUUUUUUUUCACCACACGUCACAUCGGAUUACAUGUGUAAUGGUACAGUGGCGCAAAACCACCAGUUGCUUGGUUCUUUUUCUUCAUGUUUUUAUUGAAACCAUCUUCAGUCCAAAAUGAAUAUGGGCCAUGCUACCUGCCAUCAUAAGUGUCCAAGGUGACAUCACACAUAACAUGCAGCAAUGUUCUUAUGUUGAAGAAAUACAAUUUGACAUAAACGGCUCAUUUUAAAGCCACACUGGCACAGAGAUUGGGAAUAAGGCCGUUCAGCUUGUGAGUUAAACUUGUAUGCGCAGGAUACCUGCAAGGUAUUAUUUUUUUAAAGAUUGGGCUAGCAGUACUUCAUCUUGUUCUACCCCAAUGACAACAAAUAAACCAAUAUGGUGCUA